UGCAAGGUUUGCUAGGCUAAGACUUUCUUCUUCAUUUUUUAGUUUGCAAAGGCUUGGAAAAGAAAAAAGCCUGAACCGUUUUCUCGUAAUAAUUCGGGUCAGAAACCCGGAUCGGUCCUCGUGACUUAACUCUUAAGAUAUGAAGAAGGCUUUCGUCGGUUAAUCUCGACCGGCAAAAGCAAGAAGAAGAAAGUACAUAACAAAGAAGAGCAUCAAUCUACGGUUUAAUUCACUAUACAAGUUGGUGUAUGUGUUAGCGAAGAUGAGGCGGCAGGGACAGUAUGCUGAUCCUGGUGCCAAUGCAUAUACUGGUGCUCAGAUGCAGCAUAUUUCUGCCCAGAGGAUGGAAAAUAGUUCGGAUUCUGAUCAUUUUCAAGGACGGCUAGAGGCCUUCACUCCAGAGAGAGAUCCUUACGCUACAUCAAAAGCUGAGGGACAGUGGAGAUGGGAAAGAGAUGAAUCAAAAGUGUCAAAUCCAAUGGCAUCUCGUAUUUUGCAUGAAGGUCAAGGAGUUGAUGCAUCAAGAUCAUAUUUUCAGGGAAAGGGGCCAGGGCCAGAGCCAAAACUGGCUUUAGAGAAGCAAGGCAUUAAUGAUCCCAGAUUUGGACAGCAUAAUGAAGACAUGCAAAUUGGCUAUGAAGAGAAACCAUCAUUGCAAACUUUUGAAGGACUUGAGCAGAAAUUCCUUGAUGACAUUUUGAAACUAGCCAAGGAUCAAAAUGAUGCUGAGGAUGCGGAAAAUGCGAGACACAGAGAGAAAAUAAAUGCAAUAAAUAAUCAGUAUCAAGAACAACUAGUAGCACUUCGAGCCCGACAUGCCAGCCGUAGAGAUGAGUUCCUUCGCAAGGAGUCAAAUGCACGACAGCAUCAAUAUCAGCAAGCCGUGGUGGACCGAUAUUGCAGCAGUGGCAUGGGCCCUGGUGAUCCUCAUGGUUACAAUGCACCCUCAGCUGGUAACAAUGAAACUCACCGAGCCUAUAAUACUGAUAAUUUUGAAUCCUACAGGGAGCGGGCUCGAUUUCUUGGUGGUCCAAGGGAUCAGGGAGUUGAGAAUAGGGGUUCAUUUCAUAGUGGUCGUGUUUAUGAUACGGGAACACGCUACUACUAAUUUAUGUGUAGAUUAGUUUUCCCUUGCUAGUUACUCCAAACUUCUGGAAUCUGCUUUGCUAGUUAGGCUGGUUAUACGAAUAUUUUAGAGUUGUAGUUUAUUAUUCUGCAGCAUUGCUGCUUUUUAGUAAUGCUUCUCCUCACAUACGAAACUCCGCACUUUUUUUUCCCAAUAUGAUCUUUUUAUUACUUGAUAUAAACUUUUAGUUUCUGUUAAGUUUUAGGAAUGUGAAUUUGAAUUUCUGUCA